AAUAUUGUUUGGGAUUCCGAGGCGAGACGAUCGUCGAAAAAGUCGCGCGCGCUGCUAAAAUAAACUCAGGCGGAUCACAAAGAAAUUUAUUAUUAGGCAAACAAAUAAAGGAACACAACAUUAAUAAUCCCCUAAAAAACUUUAGAUUUAUAUGCACAGAAGAAGAGAAAUAAAAAACAAAGUAAACACACAUUUUAUUUGUGAAUAAUUAUACGGCGAGCAGUGUCAAGAGUGCCAACACAUUUAAUACACAUUUAAGUGCCAGUAAAUAAAAACGAAACUAGGCCAGCACAGAAGGCAGAAAGUUGAUUUAGAAGAAAAUAUUGCUCAUACGCCACCGGCACCUCAUUCACACCCCUCUCAGUUAUCAGACUUUGAAUGAGCCCAAUGAGCGGACUGCGGCAACAGCUGAAGAUGCUGGGAACAGCUUUGCUGGGCAAACGGGCCACCAAGUCUGUCAAAAAGAAACCAUUUACAGAGGUGGAAAUCAAAGAUCUGCGCACAGCUUUCGAUCUACUAGACAGAAAUCGCGACGGCAGAGUCACCGCCAACGAGCUGCAGUUUAUGCUGAAGAACCUGGGCAUAAACGUGAGUGACGAACUCAUCCACGAUCUCAUACGUGAGGCAAGCCACUCGGGCAAUGGCUUAAUCAACGAGGCCGAGUUCCUGCAGUGGGUGGGCAGGAUCCAGGCGCUGCGGGACGAGCAGCAGUCGCACGAGGACAGCAAGGACAGCAAGCCGGUGGACGAGGCCGAUGAUGUCACCGAGGACUUGAUAGCCGCAUUUAGGGUAUUCGAUCGGGAUGGCAACGGGUUCAUAACGCGCGACGAGCUGCAGACCGCGAUGGAGAUGAUUGGGGAGCCCUUGAACGAGCAGCAGCUGGAGCAGCUGCUGGUCAUCGCCGACUUGGACCAGGACGGGCGCAUCAAUUACGAGGAAUUCACGAGACUUUUGCUGUAAGCAGUUUUACGCCCGACUUGGAGGCAUGGUCAACAGAAACCCCCGGAAAUUUGGAGUGGAAUGCAGCCCGAGUUACCCCUUCAGAAUAAUUGUUAAGCUAUUAAGAAUAUACUCAGACAAGCAGAAAAUAAUAAUGCAACAAAGCGUGCAGAACGUAAUUGUUUGAAAUUUUAUACACAAAAAAACUUAUUUAUACAAGGGUUUGAAAAAUGUGCAAGGCAGGCCACACACACACCCAUCAAGUUUUCGUUUCAUCCAACACCCGCAUACAAACACACACACACACACAACCAUAUUCAUAUGUAAAUUAGUUUCAAAGUUUUGUCGAUUGAAUUAAUUCAAAUCAGCAUGUGGAAAAUUCAAACAGAAAAGUUUAGACUAAUUUUUGUAGACGAUUUGCGUCGAAAAUGAUUUACACCACACAGAGACACACACACACACACAACAUAAACAUUAACAUAUAUAAUGCAUAUUCGGAUAAGUCUGAGCGCGUGAGUGAUAUUGUGUUUAGGGUGCUGCAAAAAUAAAUAAGCAAGCAAACGGAGAAUAACAAAGAAAAUUACAAUUAAAAUAUAUCUUGAUUCGGAGAAAGUCAGAAAGUGGAUUCAUAUAUUUGUAUUUUAUUGUAGUUAUGCUGCUUUCAAUGUAUGCGUGUUUCAAAUACCCCAAAAACAAACAAAAAUUGUUUAAAAUUUGUUAGAAUAAGGAAAUAAAUGUUAACAAUUUAUAUAAGAAAACAGAAGAUUUAAUUUCAGUUGGGAAGUGACAUGGUAGAGUUUUCAAGAAACACGAUUUUAAAUGUUUGAGAUUAUUAAUAUGUCGAUGUUUUCUCAGCUCUAUUGUUUAGUCACAAAAAAGAUGAGACAACCGCAAGAAUUUAAAAUGAUAAGCCCGUUAAUUAACAAUUACCAACAACCUGAAUAGAACAUUUCAAAGUUCUCAGAAUACAAGUUCAAAAACUAGUAAUUUAAUUUAUUUUUGUUCUGCAUAAAAUAAUUUUCAAAAUUUAAGUCCAUUGCAUAUUGCCGUCCCAUAGAAAAUUUAACAAGUAAUUUUUAUAACAAUUACAACUCAUCAACUUGAGGCAUUGCGGUUUCAAAUAAUAUUUGGUUAAUUAAUUUGAUAUUUCCUUUUUUGAUACAAACUUAGAAGAGUUCAAAAACAACAAAAAAUCAAAUUCAAAGAUAAAAUACAUUUAACAAAAGUGCUCUUUUGAAAAAUCAGUGAAACAAGAGUUAAAAAUAUAUAUUUACAUUAAAACACUAAAUAAAUAGAGUUGGGUAAAAAAUAUGAAUCAGGUCAAAGGUACAAAAAGAAAAAUGGAAAAAGCAAGUACAGCAUACAAGGAAACCACAACUUUUGUAUGGUAUUUACAACAGGACUGCAAAGGCAAAGCGAAUUAAAACCUAAACAAAGCUUGAAAACCAAAUCAAACUGAAUUCUUACUUAAAAUAUUGAAUAUACCCAGUAAAUGUACUUAAAUUCAAGUAGUUUUUUAUGACCUCUAAAUGUGCUUAACAACUAUAUGCAGGACUAUAUACCUACCCAACAAUAUACUACUUAUAUACAAGAUUACUGUUUAUGUUUAUGUUCAAACUACAAACCUAAUAUUAUCUUCUAUAUAGAUAUAGAUACUGGAUAAAUCGAAACACACAACAACUAAGACAUUAUCUGUAUGCGUACUUAAAGUGGUAGAUAAUUGGUUUAGGUAUUAAUGAUUUCAUAAUUUAUAAAUGCGAUUGCGAGUCGGAAAACGAGAUGUGUCAUAAUAAAUAACGGUACACCAACGCUCAA